AUGUCUACUGUCAACAUUAUCAAACAAUAUUUUCAUGCAAGGAACGUCCCUGUAUCCGAGGAACGUACGCGGCGUCUCAUUGCUCUCGCCUACCAAACAGCCAAGGUAAAAGGAGCUUUACCCAAAGGCAGUCUUUGUGCAUAUCGUAAUUAUUCGUUGCUUAAACAAUUUCGCAGAAUGAGACAUCUGGUUCAAUUGCUCCGGUUGACUCUUUACUCCCAGCUUCCCCAAAUUCAUGCCGUUCCUCUUCACUUCUUUGAACACGACAAACUCGACGACCAUGAAGCACCAGUGAAAUUGGAAACUUGGUGCAUUACCUAUGUGUCAACCUACCUUGUCCCCCUGCAGGCUUCCUCAAACUUGACAGAGAUUGGCGAAGCAACUAAGUACUCCAGCCUGGCACCAGCUUUAGACGUGACAGCUGCCGAUAAUGCUUCAUCCGUCACGACUCAAAUAAGUACUGAUACAAGCUCUUCAGCUUUUGAAACGCAGCUCGUGGACGACCAAUCAACUGAACCUCAAUCUGGCACCGAGUCCACGGAUGGCACUACAAUCGUCCCAACAAGCAGUGUUGAAGCCGAAUUGACCUCGUCGUCAAACACUGCCUCAGCAUCAAGCAUUGGUACCGAGCCAGCUGGUCGAUCAAUCAUCUUCCUCAUAUCCCUUACCGAAAAUGACAAACGCGAUCUGAGCAGAAGAGCUACUGGCGGCUUCGUUGGUAACGAAAAUCCGGGAGUCUGUACCUUCGCUGCUGUCUUUACCCUCUCGGAUGAUCAGCUCCUUGAAGAUGGUAUACCCAUAUACUACGCUGGCGAAGAGUUUAAAGAGCUCUCUGGACAAGGUCAAGCACCCAGCGAUGCCGUCACAAAGACAUUUUUGUCUUCGGGCGGCGGUCUUCAGUUCACCAAUGCUAAGCUGCCUGGAGGUCAAGCUGGGUUCUGUCAGGAUUCUAGUGGGAAAGUAUACAUCACGUUUUCUUCGGGGCCACCGGGUUGCAUACCAGUUGAUCUGUCGGUCUAUGAAGGGGAGGCACCAGGUCAAUCCCAAACCCUCUCUGCAUCGUCAGCCGAUUCCAUAUCAGUCGAGUCUUUCACUACGUCAAGCUCCUCAACGACCGGAAGCACCGACACUGCAACAGUCCCCUUUGGAACGAUGACCUCUUCAUCGCCUGGCUUGUCUAUUACAACCACGGUCUCGCCACUGUCGUCGUCCUUCGAUUCCUCCGGGUCUUCAGCAACAGACAACUCUGGGGUAGAGGAGGGACAGUCGUCUUCUGUAUCAGAAGAAGGAUUCCCUGAGACAGCGUCAACCUCCGAUGCGGCAUCAACUGACGUCACCUCAGACACCGUUACCGACGGUGACGGCUCUACUACAUCGCAGAAUAUAUCCGAUGAGACACCCAUGUGGACUGAUAGUUCGGAGACAGCAACCAGCUCAGACAUGCCAACUGAGCCCGGGGCCAGCGCUUCCACGAAAGAUGUUCCACAAACUUCAACAACUGGUGAUAUUACCUCCGAAAUCCUUUCAACCACUAUGGACGCCUCUACAACCAAGCCAACUACUGUUCCAACCAUAAACGCCUCUGUUUCCGGCAUAACCUCUCCAGAUGGGGAACCUCCCCUCAGCGUUCGUGACGAAGAAUGUUCAGACCUCAACGUCGUUACUGUCAGUCCAGCAACAGUUACCGUGACGGAGGUUCGCAAACGUCGUAUUGUCCGAGGUAUUAUUGUCGCCGAACAUGUUAUGCCAGUCACGAGAAACGUUGCCCCUCGUGAUGACGAUGACGUGGCUACUACCGUUUUUUCUACCCAGACGCCCGAGUAUGCUACGUACUGCGGUUCUGCAGAUGAGUAUUACGAUGCUUGUUCGAGUCUUGGUGUAACGAGGUUCACGACUACUUUGUCAAAGGAGACGGAGACGACUACUGAUAUUAUCAUUACUUUUCGGUGA